ACGAAUGCAACCAUCACAGCGUGCGCUGAAAGUGAAUAUUUUCUCUCAAUUAUCCCGUGCGGAUAGGUCGGAUGAAGCGAUUCGGGAGCCAGACGGACGCAGUAAUAGCCCGAAUAGUGUAAAUACUAUCCGCCAGCUAUGGAAACGUCAUCAUCAGUUAUCAUUCUCGAUUCCGACUCCGAAGAUGGGUCCUCCACAAUACAAUCAUCGAUUGGUGCGGAGCGGAAACGAAAAUGCAGCGUAAUUACGGCAACACCAAACUGCACCGCGGCGACAUCGAGUUUGAACGGACAGUUAGUUGAAACAGCACACGGUGUCCGAAGCCAAGAGUCGGAACCGGUUAGGAAGCGCAUCAAACCGAUCACGGUCGCAUCGAGUCUGCCGCCAGAUGGCAACCCGUCGCCGGCGCACCCAAACAACAAUAAAGUUCAGAUGGUGGCGGGCGCGAAUGAAAACUUUGCCAAAAUUACCUACUCCGAGGACUGGGAGCUGGAGAUGAAACAGUACCAGCGCGAGCUGAACGGACAAACUCGAAAGCCAGCAAUACCAUCGGGAGCCACCAAUACUACCAACGAUGAUUCGGAAUCCGCCAACCGGAGCACUCCUGAGGCACGAACUGUACCGCAGGGGGCGAAUGCCGCAACGAGUGGGAAACCGAAAGGGGAGAAGAAUCAGAUUGGCAAGGAUUUCGAACGGCUGCUGGACGCCUGCCGGAAGGCGGACCCAUCGCAGGAAAUGGAAACACUCAUCCAGAAACGACUGAUACGGUACUAUGAGGUUGUGCAUCCGGAUUAUGUGAAUUCGAAAAGCUUCCAGAAGGCGGUCGCCGCCACGACGGCCGACGUGCUUGCGAAUCCCGAUCUCGUGUUCCUCAAGCUGGCCAGCAUCGUGGAAGAGCUGAACGCAAGACGAAAAUCGGGGCCGGUCCUAUCGGAGCCGAAGAAGGGUAGCGAUGGAACGUGCAGUAGCGGUGGUCCAGGAGAAAAUACGACAAGCACACGGAAAGAUAAACAGAUUGCCCGGCUUAACCGAACGCUUUACCUUCUGAAGAAGCGUAUCCAGCAGCUGGACGAGGCAGACGUAGAUUUCAACGAUGACGGCAAAUCGGCCUACGUGAUGGUGCAGAAGUACAAGAAGCGUGCGUUUCAAGUGUACGAAAAGUUGUGCGAUAUUACCGGCGAAAGCAAAGACGCACACCGGCUCGUGAAGAAACCGAUCCAGUUCCAGGAAACACAGUACCCGGAGUUCAAUCGCACCAUCCAGCUGUUUGUCAACCGAACGGACGCGUUUCCCGAUUUUCGGGAUGUGCUCAAGUGCUUGGAACACUGCAACAGCAAGUAUGAAUACAACAUGCGCGACGAUCAGAUCCAACGGGUGGCACACGACGCAUUCUUCAAGGUCGGCAAACUGCUCCAGAAACGCCGCAAGACCGAUCUCUACGAAACGGUGUCGUACUACGCCAGCGAAGAGUCUGAUCCCGCGCUUGUGGAUCACAAGUUGCAGGAGAAGCUCGAGCAAAACCGGAAACACUAUAACAAAGUGGGCGAACUGAUUGAUAAGUUCGCACAGGUACAAGAUGCACCCGAAGAACUACCACUUCCCGAAAAUGUCAUACCAACUCCCCGACCCGAUGGUGGCACGGAGACGGGCCAAAAUCCACCACAAUCGCAGCCAUCCAGCAGUAGUAGCCAUAGUAACAAUAGUGACAAAGCGACUAGCGUGACGAACGCAACCAAUCAAGAAGCUUCCGUUGCUUCGACCAGCAGUAGUAGCCAACUGGGAUCCGCAGCCGAUAAUGGUGUCACUGUGGUAGAAGAUCUUACCGACAGCGAUGACAGCGGAGAUGUUACCGACAGCGACGAGGAAGACGAUGAGGACGAGUUCGAGGGAACCACCAAGGAGAACGUUCGGCCAGACUGCUUCGAAGAUAUUGUGAUUUCCGACGACGAAGAGCUGCUGGUGUCUUAACAUACGUUGAGCGUUAUGGUAGGAAGUAGCGGUUGUAAAUAGAACGUUAGUGGUAAGAAGAUUGAUCCGUUUUUUGGUUACCUUACCCCUCUGAGCUCACAGUUGCAUUGUGGAGGACGCUAAAUUCUCUAAAACUUUUUGUGUUUUGUUUUGAAAUUUCUGCAAACCCGUUCCGUGGGCCGAAGUAGAAGAGAGAGUUCCCGCGGUCCGGUUUUGUGUGUCACUGCGCACUUGAAUUCGCUUUAUGGACAGUUACAUGUCUGCGACUGAAACACGAAAGCUUUCCAAUCGUAUUAACGGAGGUGUAUCGAGGGACAAAACGAACAGUAAAAACGCCCAAAAGUAGCUGCAGAUUUUCAUUGACCAGUUCUGUGUACAAAGUGAAGGCAGAAUAAAAUCUAAACGGCGGAAAGAUAUUUUUCAAACGUAAUGC